UCCAACAUGGCGUCGUAGGGAUUCUGUUGUUGUUGUAUUGCACGUAGUUAUGUGAAGGAACCCAAGUGGAUUCAUCUCCAUUUAUUCAAACUAAACAACUAACUACUAGAUUAAAUAGUGUCGGUCUCGAUUCGGCGGGUAUGAGAGAGGUCUGGGAAGACUAUGCUGAGAUCCACCGGUUUCUUCCUUGGGAUUGACUGCCCGUUUUACACGGAUAGUUGCAACGUGAAAAGUGUCAAAGAUGGGUGCAAAAGACCGUACUGUCACUUCAGACACAGCCAACAGAGACGGGCGUCUUAUGGAUCAAAUGACAUAAGAAAAUCAAACGAGCUUUACUCCAAACAAAAGGAGCAAUGCGGCUAUGACCCAUUCAAACCAGAGGUAGUGAGACCUGAGGAGCAACAGGAUGGGGAGCCUGCUGCUGCGACAGUGGACAUGGGUGCCUUGGAGCUUGAGUUGGUCAAUCGUGCCAUCGAGGAGGUACGCAGUGAGGUGGAGCGGGAAAAGAAGAAACUGUCACGAAUCGGGGAUCAGGAAUAUGACCCGACCGACAGUUCCCCCAAAGUAGUUACUAAAUGGCCAAAACCACUGGCCGUGACAUCACACUUGGCGUAUGACCCAGGCAGUUAUCAGAUGACUACAACAGCUGAUUACAACCCUACCCCUCGCUCCAGUAAGUACACCUUGGAUUCCGACAGCAAAGACAACCAUGCCAGCUCCAUGGAAUAUGUGCCCACCUCAGUUACCAAAAUAGCUGUGAAAAAGCCUGUUCCUCGAACACAAACUCCUCAUCUACACUCUUUGCCUACUAGUCUUAAAUACUCCACUAUUGCAUCCUGCUCCAAGAAUAAGUACACAGUGGAUCAUUCUAAACCAUCCACAGACAUGGAAUAUGACCCCCUCUGCAACUAUUCAGCAAAAAUAGCUGGCAAGAAUAAGAAACACCAGAGGACAGGAACUACUAAGGGUGAAGGAAAAAAGAGACCUCACCUGUCAGGGACAGGAAAGCAGUCAACAGAUGAGGAAUAUGUGCCAACCAUUAAGAAGCCUCGGCAGGUAAUACCAGACCCACUGAAGUACACUGCCAGUUUCUCUGAGUCUGAUGAAGAGAGCUCUGGGAUAGAGUAUCGACCCACCUCUCUCAGCCGUCUGCAGAGGAGGAAAAGCAGCAGUGGGUCAGUGGAGGAAGCCUCAGGUCCAGGGAAAGGAGAGAGGACGGAAGGAGCCGUAGGUGGGCUGAAACAACAGAGGAGUCAGGAGUCUAAAGAGCAGCAGGACGCCGCACACUGGGAGUCAGAGGACUUGGAGAACCAGGAAAUAGUAGCUAGGCAGAAAGACAAGCCAGAGACUGAAAUAGUGGCAGGUAAAACCAGCCAAGUGAAGAGCAGCAAAGUAAAGAAUGUGCAUAAAUCUGAAAAGGAGUCCAGUAAAAAGAGUGGUGCUGGUGGUGGUAGUAGUAGUAAAAAAGGAGCAGGGGAUGGUGAGAAAAUAAGUGAUUCAAAGAAAUCAAGCCACGAAGCUGCAAAGAGAGACCGCAAGAAUCAGGGAAAGAAAGAAGAAAAACGCAAGAUAAAGGAUACAUCUAUAGACAAAGGCAAGGAGGGAAAGAGUAAGAUAAGGACAGACACAUUUAAAAGGGAGUCAAGCAAGCUGGAGAAUGAGCAAGAAAAGGGAGGUGGGGAUAGUAAACUGCAGACUUCAGACAAGGGAAAGGACUCUAAGUUUAAAGAACACAAGAAUGGUAAAUAUGACAGCAAUGAAAGAGAAAAAGAUUCAAAGAAAGUAAGCAAAGGGAGUUCUAAAAUCGGUAAAGACAAGGUGAAGAAAAGCAGCAGUAGCUCCUCUGAUGGCAAAACAGGAAAGGUGAAACAAAGAUCUCUGAGUCACGUAGAUCUGUUUGGUGAUGAGAGUAUAGAGGAGGAAAGUCAGGAGGAUGAGGAAGAGGAGACAAUUGUGAGGAAGUCAGCUGCUCCUUUCAAGAGGGGGAGUUUGACUAGGAGGAAUGUCUCAGAGCUCACCCCCUCAUCCUCAGAGGAUGAAGAUGUUGGUGCAGAAGAUGACGGAGGCUAUGGUGACAUGGAUGAUUGUGGGGUGGACUACUCCAGUCUACAGGUGGACAUGGACUUUGACCUGGAUGAUGACCCAAUGGAGGAGUGCUUACGGAUCUUCAAUGAAUCCAAGGAUGUGAAGACUGAGGACAAGGGAAGGCAAGCCAAGCCCUCUAAAGAUUCGGAGGAUGAGGAUUCCACAGAGAGCAAUCAAACCACUCUUUUCCCCGGUCAGAGGAAAAGGGUUUCACAUUUCUCAGCCAAAGGAAGUACUGAGGCAACCCCGAAGCCUCCACCAUACAGGAGACUGACUGCCCAGGAGAUCUGUUACCAGCGUAUGCAGAUAGCACAGCAGCAGGCUGCCCAGCUGGCUGCAGCUGUGAAGACUGCCUCCACACCCAGCCCUUUCCCUGGGGAGAGGAAGAGAGUAGCCCACCGCCCCACCCCUUUACCAUCCUCUUCCAAAUCUGGUCUUGCCGUGGCAAAGUCGGCGGGCAGCAGAGUGUUGUCGCCCACCAGUACCCUCCCAGCAGGUCUCUCUGUGAAGGCCCAAACAUCAGCCGGCAUCCUGUCAAAGACCACCACCACUGUUGUACAGAAGAGGGUGGCACACACUCCCACAAUGAAGAGCUCUGCAAUGAAGCGGCCAGUUAUUCCCACCGCGUUUGGGGCCAAAGUUCCCACCAACGUCCGCCAGCGAUACCUCAACACAUUUAUAGACGAGUGUAUGAAGUUCUGCCCCUCUGAAGACUUGGCCUUCCAAAUGGCCCUGGAGGAGGAGAAGGUGGUGUAUGACCGGAGCAGCAGUAAGAACAUAUACCUCAAUGUGGCAGUCAACUCCCUGAAGAAGCUACGCAGCAAGAGCAGCUCCCCCAACUCACUCGUUGCCAUGAACCCUGCAGUGGUGGGGAACAGGAAGUCCCAGUCCCAUGAAGAAGUGCUGGGGGGACGCCUCGCUGCCAAGACCAGCUUCACGAUAAACAGGACGGGCAAGCAACAGGCAGAGAAACUCAGUGGUGCUACUCUGUACCGGAAGCUGAGGGACUAUCUGAUGACAGAGGAACGGCUGCAGGAGCAUGGAUACCCUAGGCCACACCCUGAGCACUCAGGUCGAGCCGUGGUCCACAACGUCCCAGAGAAGAACAACGUUGACCCGUUUGCCAAGGUGUGCUGUCGAUGUGGGGCCGAGUAUAAGAUCAAUGCCAACGGCAACUGUGUUCGCAAGGAGGAGUGUAAUCACCACUGGGGCCGUCUGCGCAGACAUAAAGUGUCGGGAGGCUGGGAAACCAACUACAACUGCUGCUCAGGAACUGUGGGCUCUCCUGGUUGCUCCGUGUCUAAGCAACAUGUUCAGGACGGCCGCAAAGAGUCUUUGGGUGGCUACGUUCAGACCUUUGAGAAACAGCUGCCCCCGGAUGGCAACUGUGGAGUCUAUGCCCUGGACUGUGAGAUGUGCUACACAAAGCAGGGUCUGGAGCUGACCAGGGUGACUGUUAUCAACUCUGAGCUGAAAGUCAUAUAUGACACAUUUGUUAAACCUGAAAGUAAAGUGGUAGACUACAACACACGGUUUUCGGGUGUAACGGAGGAGGACCUGGAGAAUGCCAGCAUCACCCUGAGAGACGUGCAGGCGGUGAUGCUCAACAUGUUCAACGCUGAAUCCAUCCUCAUAGGACACAGCCUGGAGAGUGACCUUUUUGCCCUCAAGGUCAUACACAGCACUGUAGUGGACACAGCGAUCGUGUUCCCCCAUCGCCUGGGCUUGCCCUACAAGCGGGCCCUAAGGAACCUCAUGGCAGACCACCUCAAACGCAUCAUACAGGACAGCGUUGAAGGUCAUGACUCCAGUGAGGAUGCCUGCGCCUGCAUGGAGCUUAUGAUGUGGAAGAUCCGAGAAGACGCCAAGGUGAAGAGGUGACCUCUGCCUUCUCUUCCCAGCCCACCUCCCCUCUAACCGGACUGCUGCAGACAUACAGGGAUGGAGAGAGGCGGGGCGCUGGAGGCCCGGAGAAAGAACUAUCAGUCUGAGAAGCCAUCAGCCCAGCACUUGACAAGAAAGAAGUAGCAGGAACGCUUCAGGUAUUCCAAAACAGCCACAGCACAUGUGUUCCACUGACUGGGAUAGGACCUUGACAGAGGGUGAGAAUAGGCUCCUCUGCAGAGAUCUGCACAGACAGCCAAAUCACUACGUUGCCUGGACAGGUGGGCCAAAGUGAACAGGUGCUGCUCCGGCCUUGUUGGAAUACAGCAGAGCCAGAGCCCUCGAUGGAGCAAGCAGGGAAAGAGCAGAAAUCAGCAGUGUUUUAAUUGACUGUUUAGGCAUUUCAUUAAUAAGAUCCAUGAUCAUGAUUGUCACCAGUUUUGGUUGGUAUCUAUUCUUCUCUUCCCGCCAUCUAUUUCUGAAAGAGGGGGGGGGUUUACAUCGAUGGCUCCCAUCAAAUAUAACCUUUCUAUCAAAUGAAAAUGACAGACUUGUCAGGGCAUUGGACUUGUUCACAUUGUUAGGGUGAAAAUGCUAUUGCUGCCGAGCUGCAUCCUUGGCCCAACUUGCACUCUGUUCUCACGUUACAUUAAAUGUGGUCAGUCUCUUAGUAUUUUGGUGGCUCUCAAACUUGAUUCAUCAUGACGGACUUGGUCAGAACCCAAACCAGAAAUAUGAAUGUCUAAAAUUGUCCUGGAGUGGUUGAUUAGAGAUAUUGUGUUGAAUAGCUUGACUAUGAGCUUCACCAUCUCUGUUCUGUACACGGCAUUAAAGUAACUUAGUUUCUAUCUUUGCCUGUGUCCACAUUAUGCAGCAAUUUAGUUAUUCAAUGUAGACCGAUAUGAAACCGUUUAUAUUAAAUAACGCCUAUAAUUUUUUUAUAUGGUAUAACACAUACUGGUAGAAAAAACUUCUGCUGUAAAUUGUUUUCUUUUGUAUUAUCUUUUUCUAUUAAAAAGAUUGAAAAUAUCUGGUUUACUUAAUAAUUUCAAAGUAAACCUUUUUUUCUGCCUAUGUCAAAGCAGGAUAAACAUAACAUCACUAACAAGAAGUGCCUUCUUCACUGAGUAUACAAAACAUUAUGAACACCAUGACAUAGACUGACCAGGUGGAAGAUCCCUUAUUGAUGUCACCUGUUAAAUUCACUUAAAUCAGUGUAGCUGAAGGGGAGGAGACAGGUUAAAUAAGUAUUUUUAAGCAUUGAGACAUGGGGUAUGUAUGUGUGCCGUUCAGAGGGGUAAAUGGACAUGACUUAAGUUCCAAACACCAGUUAGUGUCAAUAACUGCAACGCUGCUGGGUUUUUCACACUCAACAGUUUCCCGUGUGUAUCAAGAAUGGUCCACCACCCGAAGGACAUCCAGCCAACUUGACACAACUGUGGGAGGCAUUGUAGUCUACAUGGUACAUGGGCCAGCAUCCCUGUGGAACGCUUUCGACACCUUAUAGAGUCCAUGCCCCAACGAAUUGAGGCUGUUCUGAGGGCAAAAGGGAGGUGAAGGGGGGGCUCAAUAUUAGUACGGUGUCCUUAAAGUUUUGUACACAGUGUGUAAUAUAUAGUUUUCCAAAUGUAGGUUAAGGUUUAUUUAUGUUAGUGUAUAUCAUGUGUGUUUAUAGUACAGUACAUUAUUGCUAUUGCAGCUGUCAUAUCUCUCUACCCUGUGUGUGUACUCUGACGGAAGGUGCGUUGAAAUUGUCUCCUUUUCUUCUCAGAUUUGUUAGGGAUACAAAACGGGACAGAAAUGCUAAGUGGAGAGGCCCAUUCUUUAUUUUUCACCAGGCUCCACAUUUUUGCCUCUUGAGCUCCUCCCGUCACAUGUCACCAUGCAUUUCCCCAACUGAGGCCAGAGAUCUCUUGACCCCAGGUAUUAAAGACCUAGUUAGCACAGAUCAAUAACCACACAGUAUUCUACUGACAGGGAGGGGGGAUACCUAGUGUUUGAAUGCAGCAGAGAUUUGAGCAUGUGGGGAGAAGCAUCUCUAAAAGCGUCUAGAGGUCUUCAUUAUCAAAAUCGAUCAGUGUGCUCCCUCUGUUCACCUUUGACUGCUGGGGGUCGGUAGGGGCCAGGGUUGGUGCUGGCUCUGUGCAGGCGGGAGCACUCAUGCUUACCCCAUGCUGGAGAAGUCUGGUUUAUCCCCCAAAACACUGAACAGGAGUUACCCACUAACCACAUCCCUAUCAAACUUAUUGAGAGAAUUUGUUUCAUGACCUUUGAAUUAUUUUGAACUUUUUCUACUUUGGUUAGGUUCCUUUAAAGUAUAUUGUUAACUUAUUAUUGUAUGAUCCCAGUUGUACUGUGUAUCAAUGACAUAUUGUGACAGGACAGCAUAGUGUUUGAUGCUUAGGACUGAAAAGUGCUCAACCUUUCCUGAAUAAACAUUUCAUAUUGACCUAAAA